AGCGUCGCUCCGGUGCGUUCACUGACUGUAGGAUUCCAGUGACACAGCACCGCCGGGACAUGUCUGACUAGAACCUAGAACCCCGCAGACCUCCCACCACACACAUCAGACCUCAGACCCACGGUGACGAUGGGCCAGUGCGGCAUCACGUCGUCAAAGACCGUCCUGGUCUUUCUGAACCUGAUAUUCUGGGCUGCUGCUGGUAUCCUGUGCUAUGUUGGAGCCUAUGUCUUCAUUACAUUUGAUGACUAUGAUCACUUCUUUGAGGAUGUGUACACGUUGAUCCCAGCAGUGACCAUCAUAGCAGUUGGAGCCCUGCUUUUCAUUAUUGGGCUCAUUGGAUGCUGCGCUACAGUGAGAGAGAGCUACUGUGGUCUUACAACGUUUGUCGUCAUUCUGGUGCUGGUGUUCAUGACGGAGGUGGCUGUGGUAGUUCUCGGAUAUGUUUACAGAGCAAAGGUUGAAAAUGAAGUGAAUGUUUCUAUCAAGAAAGUGUAUGAUGAGUACAAUGGCACCAACAGCAAUGCCCAGAGCCGUGCCAUUGACUACAUUCAAAGACAGCUUCAGUGUUGUGGGAUCCACAAUUACUCAGACUGGCAGAAUACACACUGGUACGAAAAAUCCAAAAACAACAGCGUACCCAUCAGCUGCUGCAAAACAAACUUUGGAAGCUGCACGGGGUCCCUCACUCAUCCUGAAGAUCUCUACCAAGAAGGCUGUGAAGCUCUGGUUGUGAAGAAGUCUAAGGAGAUCAUGAUGUAUGUCAUUUGGACUGCACUGACAUUUGCUGCAAUCCAGAUGCUGGGGAUGUUGUGUGCAUGUGUCGUGCUGUGCCGCAGAGCCAGAGAUCCUGCCUAUGAGCUCCUUAUUACAGGAGGCACCUAUGCAUAAAGGGGAACACAAUUCUCACCAUAACACUCACCCUUUCAUUGGUGAGAGCAUGAAAAUAAUAUAUAUUACCACACUAACCUUAAACAACAACCACACUAAAGUUAUAUAUUUUACCUGUUUUUCCAAAAAAAAGCUAUAGACCAAAUUCUUAAAUGGUCAAUGUUAAUGAGAUUUAGAAAACAUUCUGUUACUUAGGAUGGCAAGAGGGCGUGUGGAGUAAAAUUACAAUGGGAUGUUUCCUCAUAUAUUAGUUUGCACUAUGUGUAUGGCUUUGAGUAUUUUAUAUCUAAAUCUGUGCUUUACUUACAUGAAAUUUGACUUAAAUUAAAUUUACCUCCACUACUACUACUGCUACUACUAUUCUACUUCUAUUACUACUAUUACAGCACAGAUUUGGUUGAAAAAUCACCUUUCAGCAGCAGUAUUCUGUCAAUUAAUAGUGGACUCCACAGCCUGAGCUAAUGACAAGUUAUUGCAUGUAAAAUGUGUAACUUAACUGGCGUUGGUUUGUCUAAUCUUUCUUUCAAGAACAAGCUUUUUAAUCCCCUUCAGUGUGUGGGGUGUCAAGUAGGAAUGCAUUCUUUAAUCAAGAUAGACUUUGUCCUAUAGCUGUUUGUUUUUGUCUCAACAGUCCACUCAUGGUAGUUAAAUAAAUUGAUUUGCUGAUAUGUAGCAAUUGCAAGGCUCAAGAAUGUAAAUAAAAUGUGGCAAAAGGUUGAAA